AAAGAAAACACUACAUACCUAGGGAACAAACCAUCUGUCACUUUUUGUGCCUAUAAAGUGGACUUUUUGGACUUCACAAAAUUCACAUAUAAUCAAUGGAAUCAGAAAAGCCAACUGAAACCAAAGGCUUACUGCAAAGCCGUGACUUAUACGAGUACAUCCUAGAGACUAAUGUCUACCCUCGCGAACCUGAACCGUUGAAGGAGCUUCGGGCUCUCACCGCUUCACAGCCAGGGGCUAUCAUGGGCACCGCACCAGACGCUGGCCAGAUGAUCGGGCUUUUGUUAAAGAUCAUUGGUGCGAAAAAAACAAUAGAAGUCGGGGUUUUCACGGGUUAUUCUCUACUUCUAACCGCGUUAACAAUUCCUGAUGACGGCAAGAUUGUAGCAAUAGAUCCUGAUCGGGAAGCGUAUGAGAUCGGUCUCCCGGUUAUGAAAAAAGCUAAGGUGGAGCACAAGAUUGACUUUAUCGAAUCCAAGGCUUUACCGGUUCUUGAUAAAAUGCUAGAAAAUCCUGACAAUGAAGGAAGUUUUGACUUUGCUUUCGUUGAUGCGGACAAGAUAAACUAUAUCAAUUAUCACGAGCGAAUAAUGAAACUAUUGAAGGUGAACGGCAUCAUGGUGUACGACAACACGCUAUGGCUCGGGUCGGUGGCACGACCGGAGUCAUCUGUUCCUAAUUUCCUCAGAGAGGGGAGAAUGAGCACCAUACAAUUUAACAAAUCACUUGCAGCAGACCCUCGCAUUGAAAUCUCUACGGUUCCAUUAGGUGAUGGUCUCACCAUUUGUAGACGGCUAUACUAGAGUUUUAUAUGUCGUCUCAAUGUUUUUAUUAUAACUAAAUAUAAUGGUGAAAUAAAAGUUUUAUCUUGUUGGAAUGAUUUUAUGAGUACUUUAAUAUUUGUUAUUUA